CCCCCAGUCCUGCUGAUGGCCUACCAGCCUUGUCGAGGAGCUGGGCGUUUCUGGUGUUGCCGAUCACACAAGAGUGAGCCUCGGAGCUGGUCCCUGCUGGAGCAGCUGGGCCUGGCCGGGGCAGACCUGGCGGCCCCCGGAGUGCAACAGCAGCUAGAGCUGGAACGGGAGCGGCUGCGCCGGGAGAUCCGUAAGGAGCUGAAACUGAAAGAGGGAGCUGAGAACCUGCGUCGGGCCACUACUGACCUGGGCCGCAACCUGGGCCCCGUGGAGCUCGUGCUACGAGGCUCCUCACGCCGCCUCGACCUGCUGCACCAGCAGCUGCAGGAGCUCCAUGCCCACGUGGUACUUCCUGACCCUGUGGCCGCUGCCCGAGAUGUCCCCCAGUCCCCCGGGGCGGGCGGCCCUGCCUGCUCGGCCACCAACCUGAGCCGCGUGGCGGGGCUGGAGAAGCAGCUGGCUAUCGAGCUGAAGGUGAAGCAGGGGGCGGAGAACAUGAUCCAGACCUACAGCAACGGCAGCACCAAGGACCGGAAGCUGCUGCUAACAGCCCAGCAGAUGCUACAAGACAGCAAGACCAAGAUUGACAUUAUCCGUAUGCAACUCCGCCGGGCACUCCAGGCCGGCCAACUGGAGAGCCAGGCAGCCCCAGAUGAGGCCCAAGGGAGUCCAGACCUGGGAGCCGUGGAGCUGCGCAUUGAGGAGCUGCGGCACCACUUCCGAGUCGAGCACGCAGUGGCAGAAGGGGCCAAGAACGUGCUGCGCCUGCUGAGCUCUGCCAAGACCCCAGACCGCAAGGCAGUCAGUGAGGCUCAGGAGAAAUUGACCGAAUCCAAUCAGAAGUUGGGACUGCUGCGGGAGGCACUGGAGCGGAGGCUUGGGGAGCUGCCCGCCGACCACCCCAAGGGGCGACUUCUGCGGGAAGAACUCGCUGCAGCUUCCUCUGCCGCUUUCAGCGCCCGCCUGGCCGGGCCCUUCCCCGCCACGCACUACAGCACCCUGUGCAAACCUGCACCGCUCACAGGGACCCUGGAGGUACGCGUGGUGGGCUGCAAGGACCUCCCAGAGACCAUCCCCUGGAACCCUUCACCCUCAGCAGGGGGACCCGGAACCCCUGACAGCCGUCCCCCCUUCCUGAGCCGCCCAUCCCGGGGCCUUUAUAGCCGAAGUGGAAGCCUUAGCGGCCGGAGCAGCCUCAAAGCAGAAACUGAGAACACCAGCGAAGUCAGUACUGUCCUCAAACUAGACAACACCGUGGUGGGUCAGACGUCCUGGAAGCCAUGCGGCCCCAACGCUUGGGACCAGAACUUCAUCCUGGAGCUGGAGAGGGCCCGGGAGCUGGAGUUAGCUGUGUUCUGGAGGGACCAGCGGGGCCUGUGCGCCCUGAAAUUCCUAAAGUUGGAGGAUUUCUUGGACAACGAGAGGCACGAGGUGCAGCUGGACAUGGAGCCCCAGGGUUGCCUGGUGGCCGAGGUCACUUUCCGCAACCCCGUCAUCGAGAGGAUUCCUCGACUCCGACGGCAGAAAAAAAUCUUCUCCAAGCAGCAAGGGAAGGCCUUUCAGCGCGCCAGACAGAUGAACAUCGACGUGGCCACGUGGGUGCGGCUGCUUCGGAGACUCAUCCCCAACACCACGGCCUCAGGGACCUUCAGCCCCGGGGCUUCUCCAGGAUCCGAGGCCCGGCCCACGGGAGACCUAUCCGUGGAGAAGCUGAACCUUGGGGCUGAUGUGGACAUCUCGCCCCAGAAGAGUCCUCUGGGUCCUCCUCAAACCCCACUGAGCCCGACUUCCCCUAUCCAGGAAACCACCUCCACUCCCGAGCUGCCUUCAGAGCCCCAGGAGACCCCAGGCCCCGCCCUGUGCAGCCCUCUGAGGAAGUCACCCUUGACCCUCGAGGACUUCAAGUUCCUGGCGGUGCUGGGCCGGGGUCACUUUGGGAAGGUGCUGCUCUCUGAAUUCCGGUCCAGCGGGGAGCUGUUUGCCAUCAAGGCUUUAAAGAAAGGGGACAUCGUGGCCCGCGAUGAGGUCGAGAGCCUCAUGUGUGAGAAGCGGAUCUUGGCGGCAGUGACCAGCGCAGGACACCCCUUCCUGGUGAACCUUUUCGGCUGUUUCCAGACGCCAGAGCACGUGUGUUUUGUCAUGGAGUACUCGGCCGGCGGGGAUCUGAUGUUGCACAUUCACAGUGACGUGUUCUCCGAGCCCCGGGCCGUCUUUUAUUCAGCCUGUGUGGUGCUGGGGUUGCAGUUUCUCCACGAACACAAGAUCGUGUACAGGGACCUGAAGUUGGACAAUUUGCUCUUGGACACUGAGGGCUACGUCAAGAUCGCGGACUUUGGCCUCUGCAAAGAGGGGAUGGGCUAUGGGGACCGGACCAGCACGUUCUGUGGGACCCCGGAGUUCCUGGCCCCCGAGGUGCUGACGGACACGUCCUACACGCGGGCCGUGGACUGGUGGGGGCUGGGCGUCCUGCUCUACGAGAUGCUGGUUGGUGAGUCCCCGUUCCCAGGGGACGACGAGGAAGAGGUGUUUGACAGCAUUGUCAACGAUGAAGUCCGCUACCCCCGCUUCCUGUCCGCCGAAGCCAUGGGCCUCAUGCGAAGGCUCUUACGAAGGAAUCCCGAACGGAGAUUGGGGUCCAGCGAGAAAGAUGCAGAAGAUGUGAAAAAGCAGCCCUUCUUCCGGACCCUGGGCUGGGACGCCCUGCUGGCUCGACGCCUGCCACCGCCCUUCGUGCCCAAGCUGUCCGGCCGCACCGACGUCAGCAACUUCGACGAGGAGUUCACGGGAGAACCCCCCACUCUGAGCCCGCCCCGCGAUGCACGGCCGCUCACGGCUGCGGAGCAGGCAGCCUUCCGGGACUUCGACUUCGUGGCUGGGGGCUGCUAGCCCUCCCCGGUGCCCUGCCCAGCCCUGCCCUGCCUUGUCCGAGAGCUCUUAGUUUUUAAAAAGGUCUUUGGGGUUCGCCCCGUCCAUGCA